AUUUGCUUUUCUGAGCCCUAGUUUCCCUAAUCUAUGCGAAGAGAGGAUUGAUUCCCCCAGGGUCCUUCCAGUGUAAAUUAUUAUGCAAUCUCAUUAAGGGGGAAAAAGUAUAUCUUCUGGUUGCUAAUGUGAAUUGUGGACUACAGACACAUAGAGAAACAAAUUGCACAGACAUGAAUAUUAUCACCAGGAUCUAAAGACUCUAAAAAAUGCUCUUCAGGCUUGUCAUAGAUUUUUCUGGAAAAAAAGAAUUCUGUGAAAUUAUGUGAAUAGAGACUAUUUUUGAAAACCAUGGGGGAAAGAGAAAGAAGUCCAGAUACUGACCAAGAAAGUAAGGCAGGCAAACACCAUUACUGUUAUUGUUCAUCUGAUUUUGGAACUACACCACAGUCUUCUGGCCGGUCAUCGCUGGUCAAUCCCUCUUCACCUACAAGUAUUAAGGGAAAAAAUUCUAAAAAACAAAUUUCAGAUAGCCAAGUGCAUCACCAAGCCCCUAGGAAACCAAGUCCUAAGGGUCCACCAAACAGAAAGGGAGUCCGAGUGGGAUUUCGCUCCCAGAGCCUCAAUAGGGAGCCACCUCGGAAAGAUAUCGAUCUUGUUACAAAACGAGUUCUUUCUGCAAGACUGCUAAAAAUCAAUGAAUUGCAGAAUGAAGUAACUGAACUCCAGGUCAAGUUAGCUGAGCUGCUAAAAGAAAAUAAGGCUUUGAAAAGGCUUCAAUACAGACAGGAGAAAGCCCUGAAUAAGUUUGAAGAUACAGAAAAUGAAAUCUCACAACUCAUUGUUCGUCAUAACAAUGAGAUUACAGCACUCAAAGAACGCUUAAGAAAAUCUCAAGAGAAAGAACGGGCAACUGAGAAAAGGGUGAAAGAUACAGAAGGUGAACUAUUUAGGACAAAAUUUUCCUUGCAGAAGCUGAAAAAGAUCUCCGAAGCUAGACACCUUCCUGAACGAGAUGAUUUGGCAAAGAAACUGGUUGCAGCAGAGUUAAAAUUAGAUGACACCGAGAGAAGAAUUAAGGAACUAUCGAAAAACCUUGAACUGAGUACUAACAGUUUCCAACGACAGUUGCUUGCUGAAAGGAAAAGGGCAUAUGAGGCUCAUGAUGAAAAUAAAGUUCUUCAAAAGGAGGUACAACAACUAUAUCACAAAUUAAAGGAAAAGGAGAGAGAACUGGAUAUAAAAAAUAUAUAUUCUAAUCGUCUACCAAGGUCUUCUCCAAAGAAAGAAAAAGAACUUAUAUCAAGAAAAAAUGCUGCAUGCCAGAGUGAUUUUACAUGCCAGUGUACAAAAGGAGUACAAACCAAUGAAGACUUCAACCUGGAAGAAUUUCCUAUCAUACCACAAACAGUUAUGUGUUAUGAAAACAAAUGGGAAGAUCCUGAACAUCUUUCUUUGGACCUGAAAUCUCGAGAGAGAGAUGAACGUGAAGAAGCAGGGAUUCUAAACCCAGUCGUGGAAAGAGAAGAAAAAUUCAUUAAAGAUCAAGGACUCUAUAUUGUAAAACAGGAGGUUGCAAAGCUGGAGGACGAAUGGAAAAGAGAAGAACUUGCUAAAAAGCAAAAAGAAAAGACAUCUUUGCUGGAGAGAGAAGAAAAGCCAGCCUUGGAAACUGGAAGAUACCAAGUGGGAAUGUACCAAAUUCAAAAUAUUGAUAAAUUGGAAGAAGAAGAAGAAAGACUGAAGAGAGAGAUUCUGCUUGCUAAACUGAAUGAAAUCAACAGGGAACUCCAAGAUCCUCAGAAUCUAAAAUGUCCACCUCUGCCACUGCUACCUGAUUUGGAAUCUAAACUAUACUCCCCAGAGAGAAGUCCCAGAACAUACCUAUUCUCUGAAUCCUCAGAGAGAUUAUUUAAUGGGCAUCAUUUACAAGACAUCAAUCUUUUAACUACUAAAGGAAAUGGUCAGAAUCCAGGAAAUAUUAGAAGCCCAGUCUCUCCAAAUGACCUUGCAUUUGGCAGCUAUGUGCCUUCAUUUGCAAAAACAUCAGGGAAGUCAAAUCCAUUUAGCCAAAAAAGUGGUCUUUUGGAUUUCCAAAGAAACAGUAUAGAGAAACUUAGUAAAGAUGAUGUAGAUUUAACUACAAGAAAAGAGAGAAAAGCUAAUCUGAUGGAACAGCUAUUUGGUGUCAGUGGUGGCAGCACUAUUUCCUCUAAAAGCAGUGACCUGAAUUCUCUGGCUGCCAGCAAAGGAGACUUCGACUCUCUAAAUUUUCUCCCUGGGGAUAAAAGCAGCAGGGGUAGAGAACAGGAUGAAGAUGACUUUUUCCUCAGCGAAGGAAGAAGUUUUAAUUCAAACAGACACCGAUUAAAACAUGCAAACAAUAAACCAGCAGUAAAAGCAGUUGAUUCUGUAGAAGAUGAAAUUGAGGAAGUAGCACUGAGAUGACUGACUAGAGUAUAAAUUUUUUUCCAAUUGUAAAUAUUUUAAUACAGUAUUUAUUAUAAACACUUGGACUUUUUAAUAUUAAAAAGUCCUUAUUAAGGAAUGACUUUUAAUAAAUACAGUGCAAAUAAAAAUUAUAUCACAUCUUAUAGCUAGUUUACCAAGAAUGAAGGAGGCUCUUUUGAAUGAAGCCAAAAAUAGAGGUAUAGCUUACUUGGUUUUGAGUUUUUAAUUUACAAAUAGAUUUUACCUCUUAAAUCAGCUCUGUGGGAAGUUUUACUCCUUUGGAGUUCAUAUUUAUUUCCUAUUUUUAUCCUUAUUUAUUUGUAUUUAGCUCACUGAGGAUAUGACCAAAAAUAGUCUUCCCACCGAUUAUUGAAUGGAAAUUAAGAGUGAGAGGCUCUGUGUUGGAAAGCAUAGCUCCCAGCUGGUAGAAAAUGGGUGCUGUUUCAGAGUCCUGUCCUUUAUGGGGUGGGCUGGGGGUCCCUUCCGUACAUGGCAAGGCUGAGCUACCCUGACGCGAAGCAGCAACAACAUUGGGAUGUCCUCUUCCUUCAGAAGGAACCAGAGUUAACACUACUCAUUUCCCAGUUACAAGUCUCAUUAAAUCACUUACCUACCACUGCAAACAUACUGGUUUGAAUUCAAAAGACAUUUGUUUGCACGGACAGUUCCCUUGACAUGGCUCCCAGUAUAAUCAGUAAUUCCUCUCCUGCUACAUUAUUUGUAUCUGAGAUUUCAUACCAAAUACAUGGAAUAGAAGUAAUUUUAUUCCAAUAUAGAAAGACUUUCAACUCAAUUAUGUUUCCAAAGUAAUAUAACUUGGAAAUUUUUAAUAUAUACUAUUAAGAUUUGAACUUACUAUCAAACCAAAGAGACAAUGAUAGUGUAAUACUCUUGGACGUACAGGACUAAUUUUAAAUCAGCCUUGGUUAAAUGUUUUAGAAAUGGGACUUCUGCCUUGCUGUGUAGGGUAGGUGUUUUUUUUCUGUUGAAAUGCUUUGGUCAUUUGCUGUUUGCAGCUCACUUCAUCUGUAAGAGUAGUUUAUGACCUCGGAUUAUGCUGGGUUGUGGAAAUAGUGUGUCAGGGGAAAAAUAAAAAAAUGUAGAUUGACACUUAUUCUAACACAAGCUGUUUUUUGUUUUUCAAGAACUUACAGUGUAUUCACUCAUAGGAUGAUUUCUGAUGCCAAGUAUACAUACUGAUGAGGGCACUAGAGUUACUGUUUUAUCUUGAGUUCUUACAAAUGCUUAUUAUUGAAUAUAAUUUCAUAACUCUUUGACAAGACUUACCUGGUUAAGUCUCUCAUUAAAAGAUGUACCAGCUAUCUUCAAAAUUGUGUUUCUGUCAUUUAUUGUGAAUUGAAUCUCCCCAAAGUGCUAAACUAUAUUUAAAAUUUUUUAAGAUUUUUAUGUCUGAUAUAAGCAUUUAGUAUGUUGCAAAUCAUUCUAAUAUUUGUAAACCACAAUAUUGUAAUGCAGUUCUUGAUAAAAUAUUAUGUAAUGUUAAUUUUGUUCAUAGCUGCUAAUUUUUCUGCCAAAAGUAUUCUUAUAUUUAGGUUGUUUUGUUUCAAAGGCUUUUUAAAAGGCCUUUUAAUAAAGUUUUAUAUUCAGGUCAUUAUAA